UCGACACCUUGCCCUCUUUUCUUCCGUCUCCCUUCGCUGGCCGACACCUUGCCCUCUUCUCUCUCCCCGCUCGCCGACACUCUCUCCCUCCGCUCGCCUAUGGCGAUCUCCGGAAAACGCAUACCUGAACGCCUGGACAACUACGAUGAUGACUAUGAAGACUACGUACCUGUCCACAAACGCCGGGCUAUGGAAGCCUUGAAGGUCCUCAAGCGCAAGAGCCAAUCCGCCUCCUCCGUCGCCGCCCAAUCCGAUGACCCUGCCUCCGAUCCACGCCCCCCGAUCGCCGAGGUUAAACCUAGCCUCCUCGUCAAGGCCUCCCAGCUCAAGCGUGAGCUCCCCGAGGUCAGCCCUACCGAGCAGCUCGUCCAGCAGGAGAAGGAGAUGAUCGAGCACCUCUCUGACCGGAAGACUCUUAUGUCUGUCCGUGAACUCGCCAAGGGCAUUACCUACACCGAGCCGAUGCCCACUGGGUGGAGGCCUCCGCUUGCUAUCCGACGGUUGUCUGCGGCUCAAGCCGACGCCAUCCGCCGCAAGUGGCACAUCCUCGUUGACGGCGACGACGUGCCGGCCCCGAUAAGGACCUUCCGCGAUAUGCGAUUUCCGGAGCCUGUCCUCCAGAAGCUGAAGGAAAAGGGGAUCCUCCAGCCCACCCCCAUCCAGGUGCAGGGUCUUCCAGUAAUCCUGUCGGGGCGAGACAUGAUUGGUAUUGCCUUCACUGGUUCGGGUAAAACAUUGGUCUUUGUGCUCCCUCUGAUUAUGACAGCGCUGCAAGAGGAGCUUAUGAUGCCAAUAGUGCCCGGCGAGGGCCCAUUUGGACUCGUGGUGUGCCCUUCGAGGGAGCUUGCUCGUCAAACUUAUGAGGUCGUAGAGCAGUUCCUUCUUCCUCUGAAGAAGCAUGGCUACCCAGAGCUGAGGCCGUUGUUAUGUAUUGGUGGUGUCAACAUGAGGUCACAACUUGAGGUGAUCAAGAAAGGGGUGCAUAUUGUUGUCGCCACUCCAGGGAGGUUGAAAGAUUUACUUGCUAAGAAAAAGAUGAAUCUCGAUAACUGCAGUUACUUGACAUUGGAUGAGGCUGAUAGACUUGUGGAUUUGGGAUUUGAGGAGGAUAUAAGGGAAGUAUUCGAUCAUUUUAAAUCACAAAGGCAAACCUUACUCUUUUCCGCCACCAUGCCAACAAAGAUACAAAACUUUGCAAAAAAUGCUUUGGUGAAACCUGUAAUAGUAAAUGUUGGAAGAGCCGGAGCAGCAAACCUUGAUGUCAUUCAAGAGGUUGAAUAUGUGAAACAAGAAGCGAAACUCGUAUAUCUUCUUGAAUGCCUCCAGAAGACACCACCACCGGUCUUGGUUUUUUGUGAGAAUAAAGCUGAUGUGGAUGAUAUCCACGAGUAUCUUCUUCAUAAGGGUGUUGAAGCAGUUGCUAUCCACGGCGGCAAGGAUCAAGAAGACAGAGAAUAUGCAAUAUCAUCUUUUAAAUCUGGCAAGAAGGAUGUUUUGGUGGCCACUGAUGUUGCUUCCAAGGGGCUUGAUUUUCCUGACAUUCAACAUGUAAUAAACUACGACAUGCCAGCUGAAAUUGAAAAUUACGUACAUCGAAUUGGACGAACGGGAAGGUGUGGAAAAACAGGCAUUGCGACAACAUUCAUAAACAAAAACCAAACAGAGAUGACACUCCUCGACUUGAAGCACCUAUUGCAAGAGGCGAAGCAAAGGAUUCCGCCAGUAUUGGCAGAACUUAAUGAUCCGAUGGAAGAUGGCGAUGUUCUUACGAGUGCUAGUGGAGUCAAGGGUUGUGCAUAUUGCGGUGGCCUUGGCCAUCGAAUCCGUGAUUGUCCUAAGCUGGAGCACCAAAAAUCUAUAGCCAUUGCCGGUUCAAGAAGAGACUAUUUUGGUUCUGGAGGCUAUAGGGGCGAGAUGUAAUUUUUCUGUCAAACUUUGUAGUUGUGUCUAGCUCUCAUCAUUCGCUCAUCAAAACUGAUUCAGCUCUUGAAGGAACUAUCUGUCUAUCUACCAGUGCUGACUAAAUGCCUUUAGAUUUGUAAAUUUUUUUUGUCAACUUGUUGCUGUAAUCUUACAGAUUGAACUCACUCUUGUAGUCUUGUGUUCUAACUUUCGCAGAAAAUGCUGGAUUUACGUGAACAUCUUAGAAUAGUUUGGUUGA